AUGGCGUCCACAACUUCACAGUCGUCGGCUCCGAGGAGGUCGAAGGACUCGGAGCGAAUAGGCAGCUUCCAGCGCCAUGAAGAGAUCGGUCGAGGCAGCUUCGCAACAGUCUACAAGGCCAUCCAUACAAGCACGUCCGGCACUCAGAGCAUCGUGGCAAUCAAAUCCGUCAACAUGUCCAAGUUGAACAAGAAACUCAAGGACAACCUGACUUCGGAGAUUUCCAUCCUCAAGGGCCUACAUCAUCCUCACAUCGUCGCCCUCAUCGACUGCAAGGAAUCGAGCUCCCACAUCCACCUGAUCAUGGAAUACGUUGCUCUCGGCGAUCUGUCACACUUCAUCAAGAGGCGAAAUGAGAUCAAGGACAGUGAUCUGGUGGGCAAUAUGAUGCUCAAAUAUCCCAAUCCGAGAUACGGCGGUCUUCACGAGGUGGUUGUCCGGCAUUUCUUGAAGCAACUCGCUAGUGCUUUACAGUUUCUCCGUGCUAAGAACCUCAUCCACCGAGACGUCAAGCCACAAAACCUACUGCUCAACCCUUCACCCGAGUACUUCGAGAAGCACAAGCCGAACCCUAUGCCCUACAAAGUCGGCGACGACUCGUUAGAGCCGGUGACCGGCAUCAAAUCGCUGCCUAUGCUGAAGAUUGCAGACUUUGGCUUUGCUCGGUCGCUGCCUUCGACAGCCCUUGCUGAGACCCUGUGUGGCUCGCCCCUGUACAUGGCACCCGAGAUUCUACGGUACGAGAAAUACGGUGCAAAGGCCGAUCUCUGGUCUGUGGGAACCGUGCUUUUUGAGAUGAUGACUGCACGCCCGCCGUUUCGAGCUUCGAACCAUGUCGAACUGCUUCGGAAAAUUGAGAAGAGUGAGGAUAAGAUCAAGUUUGGAGACGAAUACAUCAUCUCCGAGGAAAUGAAAAAGCUCAUUCGACUGCUCCUUAAGAGGGAUCCAGACGAGAGAAUGACAUUUCCUGACUUCUUCAGCAACGAGGUGGUGUCAGGCCCUAUCCCGGGUCUCCACCCCGAGGAUGUGCCCCCAGAGCCGGCACUAUUGGAGAGCAGCCGACGGCGUAACAGUCGAACAGAACCGAUUGGUUUGGCUCGUCCUGGCUCCAGGAAAGAACCAGAAAGUCCUUAUCUCGAGUCAUCAAAGACCGCGUCUGAAGACAAUUUAUCAAGACGUUAUUCGACGAGUCGUCCAUCAUCUGGCCCAAGGGAACCUAUAGCGACGCAGAGAGUUGCCGUCGACGAGCUGCAGGCGGCCCUGGAGUCGGGAUCCAGCCCUGUUGAGACUCGCCCUGCUCUGCAUCCUCACGCCACCGCGCCAGGGAGACAAGAAUUGGUGGGUCGCCCAUCCUCAACUCCAAUGGCGCGUCAGAGCAGCGCCGGCUCGCACAAGCUGCCGCCUUCCUCAUUGCGCGAUCAAGUCUACAAUACAGCCCAGGAAGCGGCCCUGCGGAAGCAGCAAGAAGAGAGUGAGAGAGAACGCGUCGCUCAAGAUAUUGCAUUCGAGCGCGACUAUGUUCUUGUGGAAAAGAAGGCUGUGGAGGUCAACGCCUUGGCUGACGAGCUGGAGGCUAGUCCUCGACUGAACAGAAACAUCCAGACUGCCAUGUCUCCCAAAUCCGGUGCCAUGGUCCGGAGAGCUACGACGCAAGGUGCCCCUGGCUCUGUCACUGGUGCACAGACCAGUGCUUCUCGUGCGGUCCAGAUCGCUUCUGGGAGAAGACCGGACUCGAUGCACCAGCGUCAGAACUCUUACGAGAGACGCUAUGGACCAAGCCCCGGAUCAGCGACUUCGGCUAUCUCAAAAGCCUUGAAUAUGGCUAGCGGUCGGCUUUUCGGCGUAGGAUUCUCUCCUCCCGUCAACUUGAUCCGCGGUGGCAAAUCUCCUCCGAUUACGUACAAUCCGUUCCCGACAUAUCCCGGGACGCAAAGCAGCCUGGUCGUGGUUGGUGACUCUAAAGGAGCACCGGCUGGCGAUGAAGACAGCAGAUACAUCCAGACCGUUGAAGAGAUUGCGACCAGGAGCGACGUUGUCUAUGGGUUUGCCGAAGUCAAGUACAAGCAACUGAUUCCUGCCGGCCCCUCCCAACCAGGUCUGGGCUUGCGCAAUGCCUCUGGCGACAACGUCGCUGAUGGGCCGUUUGCAGCCUCGAAUGAGGACCUCACCAUUGAAGCGACAGUCAUUGUGGCAGAGGAGGCGCUUGUCCUUUAUGUCAAAGCGUUGGCACUUCUAGCUAAGGGCAUGGAUACUGCAGCACGCUGGUGGGCUCGUAAAAAUCGUGCCGAUGCACCUGGCGAUCCCACAUAUCGAACAAGCCCCAACUCAGCGGCCACGGGGCAGAGAAUGAACAACGUCGUGCAAUGGAUCCGAAAUCGCUUUAAUGAAGUUCUUGAAAAGGCAGAUCUCGUCCGACUCAAGCUCAUCGAUAACCAGCGACGUCUCCCCGAGGACCAUCCCAGCCAUCCGAACAACAUCUCAUCCACUUCUGCCUCCAGCGCAGGACUGGGCACGUCCGCAGAUCACGUUGUUGUCAGCUCGGGCAUUACUGCGGAGAAGCUGAUGUAUGACCGAGCGCUUGAGAUGAGUCGAGCAGCGGCGAUCAACGAAUUGACGAAUGAAGACUUGGCCGGAUGUGAAAUCUCAUAUGUCACGGCGAUUCGUAUGUUGGAGGCUGUUCUGGAGAGUGACGAUGAUAAUCUUUCGAGCCAAGGCAGUGGCAUAAGCGAUCAGGACGAGAAAGAGGAUCUGGCUCCGAUCAAUGGCCUGGAAGCCGAGGAUAGGCGGACUGUUAAGAACUUGGUCGCCAGUAUCCGGCAACGGCUCGCGAUCAUCCGGAAGAAGCUUCAGGUGAUUCAGAAACGUGCCUCAGCACCUGCUAUCGCCUCGCCGAGCAGAGCAUCACCACCGAUCUCUCACCGAAGCGGGACCCCUUCAACUACUGCCGCUGCCACACCACCACGGGCAUGA